CUGAAAUCCACGGACUGGGGUCUCCCUUGAGGAAGGGAAGCAAGAGAGAGCCAAGCCGAGGUGUGGGAGUCGCCCCUACAGCAAGGUGCCCCUCCAAACCACAAGCCCACCCCACGCUUCCCUUUGGGGACCAGACUGCACCCCCGCAGACGGCUGAGGAGGGAGAAGGCUCCGGGUGAAAGCUGUGAGAGGUGCGGGUUGCGGGGGGAUGCGAAGCCAGGGGAUGGGCUCCGGAACGCGGCUGUGGACCCGACCUUUGCCUCCUGCCUCUUCGGGAUACCCCCCUGCACCUGGUAAAGCGAGGGCCGCGACCCGCGAAGAACAAGUGGAGACGCAGGGGUCAGCGAACAAGGUCUGCGCGCCGCGGCUGAGCGCCCACUUGCCUUACAGAAAGAGCCGAGGAGGGACCGGCGGAGGCGACAGCGGGAGGGCUGGGCGGGAGCCGGAGGAGGUGGCAGUCGGGAGCCAAACCAGAAGGAAACUGAGAGGCAGAAGCUCACGGCUCCGAGGCGCACACUCUCUUGGCCAGGGAUGGGUCCCGGGGCGGCCCAGCCCCUGACCGGCCCGCCCGGCAGAGACUGAAUUGCGGGUCCCCAUCGGUCCAGUGUAUAACCAGAGAGAGGGAGGCACGGACCGAUCGCCAGUAGCCUCCCGGCGGGACCUCGCGUUCUGCGCACCCGGAGCAGCGCCCCCAGCCGGAGCCGCGCCGGGCAAGCCGGCGAGGGAGCGGGGCUGAUUGGCGGCCGCCGGCGGCCGGGGGAGGGAGCGCCGCGCGGGGCCAUGGCAGGCUCGGAGACGUCCUAGCCCGAGCCCGAGCCGGAUCCGAGCCCGAGCUGCCGCCACAGCUGCCUUUCCGCGCCCGCGCUCCCAUCGCCGCCGCGCCCCCUGCGGGAGAUGGAACAGAGGAACCGGCUUGGUGCCCCCGGAUACCUGCCGCCGUUGUUGCUGCACGCCCUGCUGCUGUUCGUGGCCGACGCUACAUUUACUGAAGUCCCCAAAGAUGUGACAGUACGGGAGGGAGACGACAUCGAAAUGCCCUGCGCGUUCCGGGCUAGCGGAGCCACCUCGUAUUCGCUGGAGAUUCAGUGGUGGUACCUCAAGGAGCCGCCCCGGGAGCUGCUGCACGAGCUGGCGCUUAGCGUGCCCGGCGCCCGGAGCAAGGUAACAAAUAAGGACGCAACUAAAAUCAGCACCGUGCGCGUCCAGGGCAAUGACAUCUCGCACCGGCUGCGGCUGUCGGCCGUGCGGCGUCAGGACGAGGGCGUCUACGAGUGCCGCGUGUCGGACUACGGCGACGACGACACGCAGGAACACAAGGCCCAGGCGCUGUUGCGCGUGCUCUCACGCUUCGCGCCGCCCAACAUGCAGGCCGCCGAAGCCGUGUCCCACAUUCAGAGCAGCGGCCCGCGUCGCCACGGUCCCGCCAGCGCCGCCAGUGCCAACAACGUCGGCGCCGCGGGCCGGGCCACCUCGGAGCCCGGCCAUGGCGACAAAAGCCCGCCUCCCGGGAGCCCUACCGCCGCCCCGGGUCCCGGAGUCCCCGAGGCCGCCGCCAACUCCGCGGCCCACGCAGCCGCCACCACUGUCGCGGCCGCGACCGCUGCUUCCUCAGCGUCGCCGCCACCCCGUGAGGCGGUCCUUCUGCGCCAGAGGCACGGCUCGGGCACCGGCCCUAACUACGCCGCAGACCCACUCCUGUCCCUGCUCCUGUUAGCUGUACAUAAGUUCCUCCGCCUGCUGGUGGGCCCCUGACAGACUCGCCGUCCUGCGCUCCUGAGUGGGCCCGCGUGGCUGCCCAGUCCCUGGGUGAGGACUGCGUCGCCAGACAGACGCAGACAGACUCAGAGAAGCAUGACCAAGUCCACGUGGAAAAUAAAUAAAUCAUAUUUUUGGGGAAGUUACACAAAUGUAGACCACCUAAAAUAAUGCAUCUAGUUUCCAAAUAAGAUGGAGUUUGGACCAUGCAUUAUGCAUGGGAUCAAUGAUUUCUCUAUUUUAAUGUAUUUUUCUUUUCUAAACUUUUCCUCCAAGUCUUCAUUUUGCACGAACUGUUGAGCAGUUAUCUUUAGGAUACUAUGUAAAAAUGUUAGGUUAAAGCCUUUCUGACAAAGCAAAAUAUUUUUAGUAGAUUAUUGUGUUUAGGAAAUUUUUAAUUUACUUUUUCCUUUGGGGGCUUUUCUCUUUUUUUAUUAAAGUAAAUUAUUUCUUUUGAGACAUUUUGAUUAAAAAAAGAUACAUCUUAUCAUAAUUAAAAUUCACUGUCAAUAAUAUUUAUUUUUAAAUAAAGAUUGGAAACAAGGUCAGACACUUGUUUAUAAACUGUAUUGUAUAAUGCUGAAUAACAGUUGAAUAAAAAACAACUUUGAAAUAA